AUGAUCCUUCGUUCUUUUCCAUACAAGCGUUUCUAUCACGCGCCGUCUAAUUUCACCGGCCAUUGCUCGGGCUUCAACGCCCAUUCCCAAUCUGAUUUCCCAAUACCUCAUCACUUUCGAACGAUUCACGAACAGUCCAACAAUGGCGAGCUCGUUGAUUUCUUCGACCGUCUUCUCCAACUCUGCGUCGGCGGAGUUGACCGGAGUUACAACGUCGAACGGCCGGUCAAACAGAUCCACUCACAAAUCGCGCUCACGUCCUCAAAUUUUUCGCCGUUUUUGUCGGCCAGGCUCGUAGCAGUAUACGCUAAACUAUCCCUCUUGAGCGAUGCCCGAAAGGUGUUCGAUACAUGCUCUCAAGAAUGCCUUUUUAGCUCCCUUCUUUGGAACUCUAUGUUGCGAGCUUAUAUUUCGGCCUUCAGGUACGAAAACGCUCUCGAAUUGUAUCAGCAAAUGCGCAGAUUUAACGUUCAUCCUGAUAGGUUCGGUUUUCCCCUGAUUAUAAAGGCGUGUGCCAUGAAGGGCGAUGUUAGGUUGUGCGAAGUUGUUCAUAGCCACGUUACACAAAUGGGACUUGUGAGAAAUUUGCAUGUUGGUAACGAGUUGGUGGGGAUGUAUGGGGAGAUUGGCUGGAACCAGAUUGCUUCAAAGAUGUUCGAUCAAAUGCCUCUGAGAAGUAUUGUCACUUGGAAUAUUAUGAUAUCUGCUUUCGCAAAAAGCAACGAUUGUGAAAGCGCAUUUCGAGUGUUUAGUAGGAUGGAGAACGAGGGGUGGGUCCCGAAUUCUGUAACUUGGACCUCGCUAGUUUCUAGUUUCUCGAGGUGUGGUCAUAUAGACAAGACAUGGGAGUUUUAUGUUCGGAUGAGAGAGAAAGGUGUCGACAUAACAGCCGAGUCAGUCGCUGUUGUUAUAUCAGCCUGUGAUGAAAUGCCCAUCAAAGGCGAGAUUGUACAUGGACACCUGGUAAGGGCAGGUUUCGAAAAUUAUGUAUUCGUGAGGAAUGCUCUUAUAAGCAUGUACGGGAAAAUGGGUGCUGUUGAAAAGGCGGAAAAUGUAUUCGCCGGACUUGAAUUUAAGAGCAUAAUAAGCUGGAAUGCAUUGAUAUCAGCUUAUGCUCAGUCGGGUUUUUGUGAUGAGGCGUACAAUGCAUUUUUCAGGUUAAAAAAUUUGGACGGCAGUUCAUUAGUGAGGCCAAAUGUGAUUACUUGGACUGCAGUAAUUAAUGCAUUUGCCGGCGCAGGACAGAACAAGGAGAUGACUUUAGAAAUUUUUCGGCAGAUGCAAUUUUCUAGUGUGCCAGCAAAUGCUGUAACAGUCGGGGGUGUGUUAUCAGCUUGUGCUGAGCUGUCAGCUUCGUCUCUUGGACAAGAAAUCCAUGCCCAUGCAGUGAGAAAAUUCAUUGAUCACGAUAUUUUGGUGGCUAACGGCUUAAUUAACAUGUACAUGAAAUGCGGUAGGUUGAAAACAGGAAAUUCGAUAUUCGAACAAAUGCUUUCUAAAGAUGUGACCUCGUGGAAUAUAAUGAUCGCGGGUUUUGGGAUGCACGGACUUGGGGAAACUGCUGUGAAUUUUUUUGACCAGAUGGUGAAUUCAAAUUUUAACCCGGACGAAGUUACUUUUGUUGCUGUUCUUUCUGCAUGCAGCCACUCGGGCCUUGUUUCCGAAGGUAAAAGGCUUUUCAAUUUGAUGGUAAGAGAAUUUCAAAUCGAGCCCAAAGUGGAGCACUAUUCUUGCAUGGUCGACCUUCUCGGGCGGGCUGGGCUUCUCCAGGAAGCAGGUGAAAUCUUGAGAAGCAUGCCGAUGGAACCAAACGCACCCGUUUGGGGAGCUUUGUUGAAUUCUUGCAAAUUGCAUAGAAACAUGGAUUUUGCAAAAAAGACUGCUUCUCGGUUUUUUGGCCACGGCCGUGAGGGGACUGGUGGAUAUAUGUUGCUUUCGAAUUUAUAUGCGUCGAGCGGUAUGUGGGACGAGUCAGCCAAGGUGAGGACGAGGGCUCGAACGAGGGGUCUGAAGAAAGUGCCCGGGCAGAGCUGGAUCGAGGUGAAGAAGAAGGUUUGUACGUUUUUGGCAGGAAAAGCUCUCGACUCGGAUGUGGGUCAGCUUUAUGAAGUACUUGAAGACUUGAACCUGCAUAUGGUGGUGGAGAGCAAGACUUACAGUGGAUUUUUUGAGCAGGGAGAAGAUAACGCCUGUUAG